AUGGAGGUGACUGGCACCAUCCAGAAGCCACAGCCGGAGGGCCUCACGAGUGCAUCUGGGAAUUCCAGAACUGUCCCCGGGGAACUUGUCUACCCGCCAGGGUCCAGGCCCUGGUCGGGAGGACACAUAGAGACAGGGGUCAGAGCCCAGGCACUACAGCAGGUGUAUGGGCACCAGGUCUCCAACCCUGAUAGUGUCCAUCCAGGGUGUCUGGAGACCAAGGAGACUGGGCUGUGUGAGCAAGAGUCGGGAUCGGUGCUUCCUCUCGCAGAACCACCCUGUGCCCCAGGUCCUCUAAGCCCCCACCCACUAAGCAAGCAGGCAGGUAAACCUGCGACUCCUCGGCCAGGUGCCCAGCUCAUUCCGUGGACUCGGGCGCCCCCGCGCGGCCGCGGCUCGCGGCGCUGCCUCUGGCGCACUCUGUCCCCGCGGCCGCUCCCUCGAGGCCGGCGCGCUCGCGCAGCCUCAGCCUCCCCCAGGCCUCGUCAGCGCGCGGCGGAUCCGGUGUUUGCGCGGUCGUGCGCCGCUAACAAGCCCCGCGGGAGUGCGGCGGCGGAGAGGCCCGCUCGUGGCAACCGGGCUAGCUCGGCCGUGCGGCCGGCCCCGCCGCCCGCUGCCAGCGCAGGGGCGACCCUCGCCGCUUCCCGCCUCUCGUGUCCCCGGGGGCCCCGCGCGCUUCCAGCCGCCCCCCUCCCCGCGCCGCCCACGGCCUGGCUGCCCCGAGGCUCUAGCCCACCCCUGGCUCCAGCCCACCCCUGGCUCCCCACCUGUGGCGCACCCUCCCGCCCCACCCCGCGGGAAUCCUUGGUGACCCGAGGGCUCACCACCCAGACUGCACUAUGA